ACUUUGCUUCAACUUUGUGAUGUCUUCCCCUGAAAUUGCUUCCCUUUCUUGGGGUCAGAUGAAGGUGAAAGGCUGCUCUACAACGUAUAAGGACUGCAAAGUAUGGCCGGGAGGAAGCCGAACCUGGGAUUGGCGAGAAACUGGGACCAAUCAUUCUCCAGGAGUGCAACCGGCUGACCUUGAAGAAGUCGUCAGGAAGGGUGUUAAAACUGUGGUGAUUGGUCGUGGCAUGAGUGAGGCUUUGCAGGUUCCACCAUCCACUGUGGACUACCUGAAGAAAAACGGGAUUGAUGUGUUGGUCUUGCAAACAGAGAAGGCUGUGGAGGAGUACAAUGCCCUGGCUGCUCAGGGUGUCAAAGUGGGGGGAGUCUUCCAUUCAACCUGCUGAAGCGUUACAGCUCAUUCCGCCUUCCUUGACCGCAGCCAAAUCACGGACACGCCUCUCCGCUGAAUCAAAUUACAGUCAACAGAGUGUGGACUUACGUGCCAAGGCAUUUGUGCGCUGACCAUCUAAAAUGCAAGGGCAGUUUAUUAGUUCAGGAUUUAAACAAAUGGAGCGCUCACAAAAGGGGGCUGUUAAUGAAAUCAGUUAAUUACAGAACCAUUGCCAUACAUCCUUGAGAUUGACCUAAUCUUCCUCUGAAGACUGUCUGUAUUCUGGUUACUGAACUUUUCAGCUGUUGGCUAAAUUAAGAUACUAGGUUUUGAAUACUUCUAUUACGAAAUGGCCCGAAAUUCCAUUAUUGGCUAUUGGAAUGCAGCCACAGGAUAGCUGAUGAGUACAAUCAAGUGGUAGACACGAAGCGACGGUAAUGAAGCGCUUUACCACCGCUGUAUAAAUACGUUAAAAAGGAAAUAAAUUAAAAAGCGAACCCAGAACAUACAACUUUGCCUCCUGCUGCCGACUUCAGUCAGGAUAUUGGCUGCGCAGAUCUCUUUGUGAUGAUUCAGGAACAUCAGAUAAUUUAGCACUUUUAAAUUUUAAAUUAAACCUGGAAAAAGGAAAAAAAAAUGUCUACAGGGAAUAAACAUAACAUCUGGGCCUUAAAGAAUUUUCCUGUUAACUGUGAAUUGUGAGGAUUGAGUUGUGGAAUACAGAUCUAUUCAAAAGUCCCUACGCGCUUAAAAUCGUUAGAAAGAUGUGUCACAAAACUAGAGUUUGCGACAUAAAAUGUUGAUCUUUAGGAAAUGAGUCUAAAUUGCUGCCAGCAAGGUGCUGCUCGCAAGCUGGGGAUGGAUGUGAGAAUUCUUACUGGUCGUCGUUACCUGAUGGUUCAAAUGGUGUGCCAACAAGCACCUUAUUACACUGAAAAUUUAAAAAGUUCUCUUAAUUGCUUCUAUUAAUGUUACAAGUUACCUACUGUAGAUCUUUUCUCCCCACCAGGCUCACUAAUUCUUGAUCUCUGCAUAUUAAGUCUAUGUCUAUUAAUGAAAGUACAAAGAUGACACAUAAGCCCUGAGGCACUUCGAGCCGUCCAAGUAGUAGCAGAGAGGCUUAGAUGGGUACGGGAACGCGCUGACUUUCCCAAGACCCAAGAAUAACCCUUCGCAAAAUACUAUGUUCUUUCUGUGUUUAUUUGCUCUAGGAAUCCUUUAAAACCUUUUAUCUGAUAAAAUACAACGUGGUGUAAAAGCAAAGGGAAAGUGAGGACUUGGAAGUUUUAUCUUGCCAUCUCCUGAUUACAGCAAUAUUUUCUAUUAGUGUAGCUAUAUUUGAGGCAACGUCUUCUCUAAACUGGCAAGAACUGCCUUUCCAGCUGCGUCUGUGUUCUCUGACACAGCGGUCGGUAUAAUGCUCGUCAUAACUGCCAUGACAUUGUUCUGAGUAACUCGCACGGUGUGAAGUAGAAGGUGAACCACUGACCCGGAAGACUGUAGGCAUCCCAAGGGAACGCCAGUAGAACCAGUUCCUACCGGUCCGCAGGGCGUGAAGACUUUUUGCAUUAAAUGUCGUUAUCUUAUAGCGGAGGUGGUUCGACUCUCUUGGUCGCAGUCACGUAUUUGCAUUAUUUCGUGAGCUUUUGGGCCUCAAGGCAGCCUUAAAUAGGAAGAGGCUUUGUAAGGCUUUUACUGAGAGGACAAUUCCAGUUUUUUAAGUACUGCAGUAUGCGUGUUACACUGUUAGGAGAAGUUGAGCGAACACCUGAUCUUUCACCUCCAGGUUUUUUUUUCCCUUUUUUUAUUUCUAUAAAAAAAUGUGGCAUAUUAAUGAUGAAGCCACAUUCAACAAAACCGCUCGGUCCAGGUCCUGCAUUUGAGAAAAAUACCCUGGGCUCCUCACGCUGGUGCUACCUGUUUUGGCCUCCCCCAAAGCAUGAGAGGAGCACGGCCCGUUUGGCACUGCCAGGUGACUUUCAGCGGUGCGCCCUGCCCGGCUUUGUGCUGCAGCCUCUUAAUUGUUCCUUUCAUUCGGCAACCGGUAGGAUACAGAACAGUCCACUUCUGAAACGGGGAGCUGCAGCGUGCAAAGAAACGGAUUUCCCUUUUUAAAGGUAAACUGCUACGGUUUGCUACCGUUGGUACAAAAUUUCGGUGUCAACAAGGAGAUAAUCUGCUGCAAGUCUUUUCCAUCCGUAUCUUCUAUUACUGCUCUCGUCACAGCUUCCUGCGUCAGCUUUGUCAGCUCCCACAAAAGCAUCUGCUCCACUUGGGCUGCUCCAGUCACCGAAAGCCCAAUUUCCUUCUCGGUGCCUGAAAUUGCUUUGCUACAUGGUGGAAACAGCUAGGACCGAUUCAUCGAAAAAUCCAAACGGAGCUCAAAACGGUUUCUUUAUUAAAUCGCCGCUUUCGGCUAGAGCCGUAAAUAAUUUCUUAAAAUGACGGGUUCAUCGCCCAAGUCACGGGAAUGCACUUUUAUAGGGCAGGCUUUCUCACGUACGCCGCUUCUCUGCCUCCCACCAGGAAACCGAUCUCCCAGUAGGCAGUGAACCCCCCCCCUGCCGCUCUCGCUAAGGCAGAGCCGCGGCUGGGCUGGGUGCCAGGAAGAUUCCCCCCCAGCUGCUCCGCCGCCGAGCGGGUCGGUCCCCAGCCCUUAUCUUUGUCGAGCAGCACGCGGGAGCUGGCAGCCAGGAGGAACGGGCCGUAAAAAGGCUUACAGGCACACCAAACGCAACGCGCCCGGCAUUUUCAAGGCGCAUCAGGCAGCAUUUGUGCGAAGCCUAGCAUCUACGAGCCUUCAAACUUUAUUUUGAAGUGCCACUAAUAUUGCAUUCGCAAAUUGUCAAGUAAAAAGACAGCCUGCUCCCGCAUUCCUAGAGCCUGCUACUAAGAAUAAACUGGAA